AGUUCGAAGUAGAUUUGGUACGAACGUGUUCGCGUGGCCGCUGCGCGCUGUAAAAGAGACUCUUCUAAGUGUAAUAUUUGGGGACUUAGCAAAAAAAAAUAUAUCAUUUUGUAGUAUCGCGCAGUAAAUGCGGAGACACAAAAAGUAGUUGCAGUCGCAUGUAUCGGCUAUUGGCAACUGACAUAUAAUACUAACUACAAUAUAUAAAAGUGUAGAAAAUAUUUUAAAAAAAAAAUUGUAAAGUGAAGUUGGGAAAAAAGCCGUAAGCGCCGGACUGCCAACUGAGAAAUUGUGCAAAAUGAGUGGGGAUGUGGCUGCUGAAAAUAAUAUACACGUGCAAAAUGGCGGCAGCUGCGAAGUGCAAUCGAAUGGUGUAACCACAAAUGGACACCAUCACCACCAUCAAAGCAGCAGCAGUAGCAGCAGCGGUAAACAUAAAUCAUCCAGCAAGGAUAAGCAUCGUGAUAGGGAACGGAGCAGCGAGCAUAAGAGCUCCAGCUCGUCGUCUAGGGAACAUAAAAGCGGAAGCAGCAGCAGUAGCAGCAGUCGCGAUAAGCAUAAGAGUAGCAGCAGCUCUUCGAGUAGCAAGGACAAGCAUAGGGAUAAGGAACGAGAUAGCAGUAACUCAAAUCGCAGCUCUUCGUCGUCAUCGUCGUCCAGCCAUCGCGAUAAAAACGGCAAGCACAAGUCUUCGUCUAGCCAUCAUCAUAAGAGCAGCAGCAUAAGCAGCAGUAGUGGCUCGUCCUCCAAGGACAAGGAACGCCGCGAUAAGGAUCGCAGCAGCAGCAGCAGCUCCUCCAGUCGAGAUAAACACAAGUCUUCGUCGUCGUCUUCGAGCUCACGGCACAAGAGCUCGUCGUCAUCAUCAUCAUCAUCAUUGAAAAGCAAACAUUCCAGUUCAAGUUCUAGGCAUAGCUCAUCCUCGAAAGAUCCUGCCUAUGAUGGUGUAUUCGUUAAGCCUGAGCCCGUCUCACAGCCACACGCUGAUCCCUUGCAGGCGCAAUUGCAACAGCAGCAGCUUCUCCAACUGCAGCAGCAGCAAUACCAAAUGCAGCAGCAGCAACAGCACUUACAGCAGCUGCAACAACAGCAGCAGCAGUUGCAAGAGCAACAGCAGCAGCAGCUGCAGCAGCAAUUGCAAUCAGAAUGCAAUGGCUACAAAAAUGGCUACGAAGAACACAUUGUCGAUGUUAAGAAGGAAGAUGAUAACUUUGAUCUGUCCCAGGCCAGUUCCUGUGAUUACUCCAUGUCGCAGUUCAGAUCCGAUGAGCCAGAGUUUGUGACUAAAGAGGAGGCCACUUAUACGGAGGAUGAUGAUGAUGACAAUGAUAAUGACAAUGACAACGAUACUGACAAAUAUAACAACAGCAAUAUGAAUGUUGAUAACGAAGGCGAGGACGAAGAUGAAGAUAUGCCGUUGGCAAUGCGAAAGCGCAAACAAGAACCCUCCGAUGAAAUGGACGGAAAUGGAGACGAUGACGACGAAGACAUUCCGUUGCUUGCGCGCAAGAAGAUGAAAAAAGAAGUAAAGGACAAGAAAAAUAAAAAGAAACGCCCCAAGAUGGAGGUAGAUGACGAAUACGGCAGCGGGAAACCCAAAAAGAAAAAGGUUAAAAAGGAAUCUGAGAUCAAGCAAGAACCCAACCAAACGUCCCCAACGAAGCGUUCGCGGAAAGACAAAAAGGAGGAAGAAGAGGAAGUGUGGAGAUGGUGGGAAGAGGAGAAACGUGAGGAUGGUGUCAAAUGGACAACACUGGAGCAUAAGGGACCCGUCUUCGCACCACCCUAUGAGCGUGUGCCCCGAAAUGUGCGCUUCUUUUACGAUGGCAAGCCAAUGGAGCUCAGCGAGGAGACCGAGGAGGCGGCCACAUUUUAUGCAAAGAUGUUAAAUCACGAUUAUUGCACCAAGGACGUAUUCAAUAACAAUUUCUUUAAGGAUUUCCGCAAGACAAUGACACCCAAGGAGAAGGAGAUCAUUAAAGAUUUUCGCAAAUGCAAUUUCCAAGAAAUGUUUGAAUACUUCCAGGCUGAAUCUGAGAAACGAAAGGCGGCCACAAAAGAGGAGAAGCUCGCGAAAAAAGUUGAAAGCGAGGCGCUAAUCAAAGAAUAUGGUUUCUGCAUGAUCGACGGUCACAAGGAGAAGAUCGGCAACUUUCGGUUGGAGCCGCCCGGUCUGUUUCGUGGUCGAGGCGAGCAUCCAAAGAUGGGUAUGAUCAAGCGUAGAAUUGCGGCCCGCGAUGUAUCCAUCAAUUGUGGCAAGAACUCGAAGGUGCCACAGCCACCGCCAGGCGAGCGCUGGAAAGAAGUGCGUCACGACAAUACCGUUACAUGGUUAGCAUCCUGGACAGAGAACGUGCAGGGCCAGGUGAAAUACAUUAUGCUGAAUCCAUCGUCCAAGCUAAAGGGCGAGAAGGAUCAUAUUAAAUAUGAGACAGCCCGCCGGCUGGAUAAGUUCAUUGACAAAAUACGCGCCACUUAUCGGGACGAAUGGAAGUCGAAGGAGAUGCGUGUCCGCCAACGUGCCGUUGCUUUGUAUUUCAUUGAUAAGCUCGCGCUGAGAGCGGGUAAUGAGAAGGAUGAGGAUCAAGCCGAUACCGUUGGCUGCUGUUCGCUGCGUGUGGAGCAUGUGCAGCUGCACAAGGAGCUCAAUAAUAAAGAGAAUGUGGUCGUAUUUGAUUUUCCUGGUAAGGAUUCCAUACGUUACUACAACGAGGUCGAGGUGGAAAAGCGCGUCUUCAAAAAUCUCGAACUGUUCAUGGAAAACAAGAAGGACGGCGAUGAUCUAUUCGAUCGCCUCAAUACCCAAGUGCUAAAUGAGCAUCUCAAAGAGUUGAUGGAAGGUCUCACGGCAAAAGUAUUUCGUACAUAUAACGCAUCGAAAACGCUGCAGAACCAAUUGGAUCUGCUUACUGAUCCGAACGCUUCGGUUGCCGAGAAGCUGUUGACCUAUAAUCGCGCUAAUCGUGCGGUGGCCAUCCUCUGUAACCAUCAGCGAUCCGUGCCGAAAGGACAUCAGAAGUCAAUGGAGAACCUAAAGGAAAAGAUUCGGGCCAAGCGGUAUGCCCUUGAUGAAUGCGAAUCCGAAUAUCAUGAUCUGAGAAAGGCGGCUAAGCGUGGUUCCGUCAAAGAGAAGCUUAAUGCCGAUAAGAAGGGCAAACAACUGGAACGUUUGAAGGAUCAACUGAAAAAAUUAGAACUACAAGAGACUGAUAGAGACGAGAAUAAGACCAUUGCCUUGGGCACAUCCAAACUAAAUUAUCUCGAUCCACGCAUCACAGUUGCCUGGUGUAAAAAGUAUGGCGUACCGAUUGAGAAAAUCUUUAAUAAAACGCAUAGAACCAAAUUUCUGUGGGCCAUACAUAUGGCGGACGAGAAUUAUCGUUUUUAAAUAAUUGUUUUUAACACAACCAAACAAA